AUGAUCUUAAGUGGAGUAUCACCUAUACUACGCUUCAUUCCUCAGCACCCUGGCGGGGAGGAGGUGCUGCUGGAGCAGGCGGGGCGCGUCGCGACGGACGCUUUCGAGGACGUGGGGCACUCCACUGACGCGCGGGACAUGAUGGGGACCUACCUGGUGGGGGAGCUGUGUGAGGAGGACAAGAAGUUCACGAAGGACGCGGGGCCCAAGGAGUGGCAGGGCGGCAAGAACGCGGCGGACGACAAGUGA